AUGAACUUCUCAGAAGAGGAUGGGGUUGAUGAUUAUUUCAACUUAAAUUUAGAUUUUGGUAUCGAAGAUCACCACAGUCCAUUAGAUCAUGAUCAUUCGUUAGAGGUACCAGUGCGAGAACCAUCCCCUGCAUCACCGUCACGAGAUUUAGACGAUGAUGGGCUCUUUCGUUUUGGCGAUCCAUCACUUUCCAUACCGAUGCAUGAAUUUUCGCAAAAUGAGAACUCUCGUUUAUCUCCUCCUCUACCAUAUCAUCAGCAUAAUCAAAAUUAUGGAACUAAUGACGUCCAGAUGGAGGUGCCAUACAACUCUUUUGAGCAACCUGUUGCUGUCAUAAAUGGGGAGUAUGCGCUUAGUGCCUUGGAUUCUCCGCUUAACAUGUCUGAGAAUCAAGCCUAUUACCAAGAGCAGCCAUCGACGUCCCAACAGCCUCCGCCAAUGCAGCAACACCAGCAUCAACAACAGCAUCAACACCAACAACAACAUCAGCAACAACACCAACAAACACAGCAGCAUGCAGCGCCUUUACCGCAACAACGACAGAUGCAGGUUCAGUCCCGUGUACAGAGAGUAAUUAGUAAUCCGGGAUCAACUGCUCAGCAAAGGGCGGCUGCGGGUACCCAACCAACGAAAUAUCCAGCUUCUCGACAGAGAGGUCAGUCUAAGACUAAUGGACGGAAAAAGAACUCUAGUGGUAGCGUUGGUGAAGUUUUAAAUACUGCUCAUAAGAUGAAUGCUGGUAAUGGAGGACAGGCUUCCGCAGUGCGGUUAAGUCCAGAACAGAUGCAACAGUUGGCUAUGAGUGCGAGUGAAAUAUCUGCACUGGAGUCGGAGCAGUCUUUAGGAGUUGAUCACAGCGAGCGAAUUAAAGAACUGAAACAACAACAAGCUCAAAUCUUCCUUGAAGCUUUAUCUUCGCAGUCAUCUUCGCAAGUUACUGGUGAAGUGAUAAAUCAACUUCAUCAAAUUAAGCAGCAGCCUCAGUUAGCUGCGACUCGCCCUCCUCCGAGGCGGCAGAUGCACUUACAACACAUGGAUACUGCUCCUGAAUCUCCACAAUAUGAGCCACAACUCUACUUAACAUCGCAGGCUAAUGUUAGCCAGCCUCAAGUCCACUCUAGUUAUAAUGACUACAAUAUGAUGCCCGCUCCGCCGGUGCAACAUGUUACUCAACAACGCCCAGUGUUCCGAGUGACAUCGGGUGUACAAGUUACAUAUCCGUCUUCUCAGGCUCAGCAAUCUUAUGUUCAGCAGCCUGUAUAUUCUGAGCCGGGAGGACCAACUGUCGGUCAAGUCAUUAAACAGCAACAUUUGAGAGUAGCCCCUCCAAAAAAUACAUCUAGACAAAUUUUUGUUCAAAAUGUUGCUCCUCCACCAACUAUAGUUCAUCCUCCUCAGCCACCACCACAGCAAGCUAUACCUGUCUUCCGGCAACCGCCUAGGCCUACUUCUGAGCAGACCAGGCAAAUGAUGGAGGAUAGAAAGUUGCAACGAUUACACAGGCUGCGUGAAGCGUUUGAUAAUCAUCAGCAAACUAUAACUGCCCCGAGAACUGAAGAGCCGUUCCAAGACAUGCUAGAUGUUCUAAUGCGUUUACUUCCUUACCACCAAGGUUCUGAACCUGAUAUUCGAGAAGAUGAACUAGAACAAUUCGAUUGUAAUUAUCUGAGAAAGAUGAUCAAUCUAGCAGAGUCCAAAAAACGGAUGGAGAAGAAGCUGCGCUCAGUACUUUUUAAUGAAGCAAUGCGGAAACAAGAGAGAGAAGAUGGAAAUCUCCUCCUCUUUUUAGAUUUAGAAUACGAGCGGAGGAAGUUGGACGAUGAAAAGAAAUCAUUGAAAACUGAGCCUUCUUCUCUCGAUAGUUUUGUUCACUCUUCAUCUCUCAUUCCCUCACUUCGUGAUGUCACUUUACCUAGUCUUGAAAAGAAAAGUUAUCCACCUCUUAAGAUGCACUUUGAUUAUCAUCCAUUUUGUGAUAUACCUUCUGUUUCCUCUCCUCCUAAGUCACCUUUGAAAUCUCCUUCGCCCUCUAAGUCUUCUGCUAGUAGUAUUAGAGACGUAUCCCCUGUAAAAUCUCCUGUAGCUUCCACUAGUCGCGCUGUGUUUAAAACAUGUGUUCUCUCCGAAGAUGAUUCUCCCCAGAUUACUAUUAAACCUCCCCGUUCAAAACAUCUAAAUGAUCAUAGAAUUAAUCAUGUGAUAGACAGGUUAAUACCUGUCGGUUCAUUGGAGCCUGUUGCCAUACCGAGGGCUCCCAGUGUAACUGUCAAAAAAGAGCCUAUGUCAAUACCAAAAAAUGUUCCAUCACCCAAUGUUUCUUGUUUAAAAAUAAAACUCAAGCCACCACCACGCGCUCACCCUGAGUCUGAAGGGUCUUGUUCGCCGGAACUUGGUGUGGAUGAUAUUGCACAACCGUCACCCUCUGUUGAUCCUCCCAAGAUUGACGGAUCUAAACCGUUUACGGAACAUAACGAAAAGAAACAUACACCGUCUGAUAAUCCACUAGAUCUGAAAAAGGAGCAUAGUUUCACAGUCUUGAGGCGGGUUGAUAAUAAACCGAAGGCAAAAUCAGGGCCUAUGGAGCCUAGACCGAAAUCUACUGAGGCCGAUAAAGCAGAACAGCAAAAGCGCUUACCUCCAUUGAAGAUCAGGAUUCCAAGAAGUGCACCGCAAGACUCUAAUAACGUUGAAAAAAUUGUUUUUAGUGAUAAAGUAAAUAAAAAGAAGAAAAAGAAGAAGAGGAAGCGAGAGUCUCUUGAUUCUGAUGAGGAGGAGCAGAAGAAAAAAUGUGUUAUUCCUACACCUGAGUUCGUUUUUGUACUAAAAGAAGGAUUAAGAGCGAAGAUCAUUAGAGGACAAUAUUCUAGAGCAAGCUCCAUAAGUCGUGAAGUAACUCCCGCUCUUCUAACACCGAUUGCACCUCCUCCUGUUCCUUCUGUACAGUCUGCUCCUGAAGCAUCGCAUGUGCAACCUAUUAAGCUGAAAAUUCGUCUGGGUCCUAGACCAGUAGCUUCAGCUUCCACAACACCUGUGACGGUUCCAAAACCAAAUAUACAAAUCACAAAGAAUGGUCCUAUAAGAAUACCAACUGUUACUGUUACGACGCCGGUGCCUAAUCACUCGCAGCUUGCUGCGCUCGAUUUUUCAGAUGAUUCUGACACGGAAACUGACCGGCUAAGGUCAUCUGCUGAUGAAGCACUUCGAGGUUGUGGUAUCAGUGGGCUGUCGGGGUUAACUUCUGUACCCAAGAGAUCACUGUUGCCAUGGUCGUCACAACCAUAA